AAAUCAAAGCUAAACGAAUCCAUGUUUUUGAGUGCUCAUAUAGAAUUUAGUCAAAUGUCAUAUGAUUUCUUUCCCUUGUAAAAGAACCAAUAUAUAGAGUGAAUAUGAAUAUAUGAUCGAACUGGAAGCUGAAUAACCAUUCCAUUUGUCUAACAGCUUUUAACACGUCAUUUCUUUCAUCUUUUCAAUUUCAUUUAUUUAUUUAUUUAUUUAUUUCUCGCUAGUGUUUUCUCUCUCUCUCUUUCCUUUCGUAAGCUCUCUUCACUAAAUGCCAACACUAUAAAUAUAAGACUCGUGGACCAGCUCUCUUCCCAUUCCAUUUUCACGUUUUACGUUUCCCCUUUCUAUUCUCUCUUUUGUCCAUCUUUUCUUCCACCCAUUUCUCAGUUCUUCAUUUUCAUUUCAAUUCCCAUCAUGGAGGACGCUAAAGUUGAUGGAACCAUUUCUGUCGCAUCUGCAUUUGCUGCUCACCAUGAAGUUGUACAGGAUAGAGACCAUGAAUUCUUAACAAAAGCUGUGGAAGAAGCAUACAAAGGAGUUGACAGUGGACAUGGAGGCCCAUUUGGUGCUGUUGUUGUUCGAAACAAUGAAGUAAUAGUGAGCUGCCACAAUAUGGUUUUGCAUAACACUGAUCCAACUGCUCACGCUGAGGUCACUGCAAUAAGAGAGGCUUGCAAAAAGCUGAAUCAAAUUGAGCUCUCGGACUGCGAAAUCUAUGCAUCUUGCGAGCCAUGUCCGAUGUGCUUUGGAGCUAUUCAUCUCUCAAGAAUUAAGAGAUUGGUUUAUGGAGCGAAAGCUGAGGCUGCCAUUGCAAUCGGGUUUGAUGAUUUUAUUGCAGAUGCAUUGAGAGGCACUGGAUUUUAUCAAAAAGCUCACUUGGAAAUCAAGAAAGCUGAUGGAACUGGUGCUGUUAUUGCUGAACAAGUGUUCGAGAAGACCAAGGCAAAGUUCGCAAUGUACUGAUUGUUUCUUCUCUUUUUUUAAUUAUGGGGAGCUCUCAGAAAUAAUCAAAUUCAUCUUUGUACUUCGUUGAAGACUUUCAUUUUAAUGAACUAUUAAUGGAAAAUGAAAAGUCAAAAGUUAUUUCAGUAUCUAUCAUUCUACAGCUCAACCGACUUCUUUGAAAUCAAGUGUAUAUUUCGAAGUUCUUUCUUUUCUUUCAAAAAAGUGUAUACUUCUAACUUAGAUAUGAUCCCAAUGUAUUUACCUAACUUCGGUGUCA